AGUCUCAGGUAUACUUUACCAGGGUAGGCUAGAUUAUGUGAGGGAUGUAGGUACUCUAAAUAGUUAAGGAUAUUCUUAAAUCUAAAGUUAGAUUUGUGUCCAAGCUAUGCUUUCUUUACUGUUGUUGUGUGCAUGUGGACUGCCAUGGCUCACGGAGACGCUCAAGUUGAUCAACAACGGCUAUGAAGAUUUUGUGGUAGCCAUCAACGAAGAUGUGCCAGAGGAUACGGGACUUUUUAUCCAGAUACAGAACAUCAUGACGGAUGCAUCUGCAUAUUUGUAUCUGGCCUCCCGCCAGAGGGCGUAUAUUCGGUCUGUCAAAAUUCUUGUGCCGAACACGUGGAGUAAAAAUAACGCCAAAUACACCGACCCAAAGGACGAAAGUUUUGACAACGCCCACAUCAGGAUCGACAAGGCUAACCCAACCCAGGGCAACAACCCUUACACGUUCCAGCCAGGCCAGUGUGGGGACCCCGGCCAAUACAUUCACCUGACCCCCGAGUAUGUCAUGGACGCCCCGGGUAUAUACAGAGAACUAAACUGGGGGAACCCUGGUAGGGUAGUGGUUCACGAGUUCGCACAUCUCCGUUACGGCGUGUUUGACGAAUACGGCACCGCGGGGAAUAUCCAACACCCAGAGUUCUACUUGUCUGACAAGGGGAGGAUAAUGCCAACGAGUUGCACCACGGAGUUCACAUGGCACUUCCAGAACAUACACACAGAUCGACCAUGCAAAGUGAAUACGACCAACAACAUGCCAGAGGAUAACUGCACCUUUAUCGUCAAUGAAACUACAAGUCCAGCCAUUGCGUCUAUAAUGUUCAUGCAGUCGUUGAAAAAUGUAACCCAUUUCUGCGAGAGUAUCCCGGCAGAUCCUCAUCGCCAGCACAACCACGACGCGCCGAACAUGCACAACAAGAUGUGCCCUGGUCGGGGAACGUGGGAUGUCAUUAAACAGCACCCUGACUUCCGCACCUCUAACCCCUCUCGACUUGUUAACGACACCACGCCUACAUUCACGUAUCUGUACAAUACACGAGGCUUCUGGUUCGACGGAACGGAGAAGUGCGGGAGGAGAGUCGUGUUGUUGCUUGACCUGUCUGGGUCAAUGAAGAAGAAUGACAGAUGGUUCAAGCAAAGACAGACAGCUGACAAAUUUAUUAAUGACAUUCUGCCUAUCGGGUCAAAUAUUGGUGUGGUGACGUUCUCAGAUGAUGCUCAUGACUGGACACCAAUGACGCCACUAAGACACGAACUUAUAAAGAAACAGGUGGCCGGUGGACUACCGCUCUACAAAGAUGUGAGAGGUGGUACAGCAAUUGGACUUGGAAUUCAGUCCGCCUUGAAUAUGCUCAGCAAAACUGGAGACUCGAAAACUGGCCGUAUUUUGCUGAUAACCGACGGCGAGGAGAACCGAUCUCCAACUGUUGACAGUAUCAUGAAAGACAUCUUGACUUCAGAGGUCGUGGUUCACACGAUUGCGUAUGGCCAGCAGGCCUCCAAGACCCUAGCGGACUUGUCAGCUCAAACAGGAGGGUUGUAUGCGUAUUUCUCAGAAGGUAAUGCCUCCAGUAGUUUGGACUCUUCCAUACACAGGCUCUUGGACGACGUGGCUGUGUGUAAAGAGCGGAGACAAAUAGAAAUUUACCGCUCGACUACUGAAAUACCCUCGAGCGGCACUGACUACAGUGGGAAUGUAUACAUAGACGACACCGUUGGUCUGGACACUGUGUUUGUUUUCACUCUGCCAAGAACAGCCAAUGUUGAUAUUCGGCUGAGAAGUCCGAACGGACAUGUCUUCGACAGCACUUAUUCCGGAUACCAUCAUGAUGGCAGUAUGAACAUCAUCAGAUUUAAGCUACAGAUUCAAGCUAAUGAGACAGGCAUGUGGACCUACACUGUGCGCAGCUCAACAGCAGGGCCUGCAACCGUGGGAAUAACUGUUACAUCAAAGCCUCGUGACCGACACAACAGCUAUGAGUUCCUCACUUGGCUCAGUGACACGCGAGUAAAUGCCACGUCACCUCCGGUUGUAUAUGCGCAUGUACACAAAGGUUACUCCCCUGUUAUAUACGCAGAUGUCAGAAUAUCGAUUGAAAAACCUGAUGGUCAAGUCGAGGUUGUCAAGCUAUUUGACAAUGGAAUACCUCCUGAUAAUACCAAGAAUGACGGUGUCUACACCAGCUACGUGACCGCCUUCAACUCGAAUGAAAGGUACUCUCUUGACGCCGAAGUCAACAACAUUCCUGGAAAAACGCUCAUUCUUGUCGCCGCUGAUGGAUCAGGGAGAGCCUACUCCAGAAUAAAAAACAAAAGCAGAAAGACCGUCUUGCAGACAGUAACUACCAACUUCAGCCGGACCUCCUCCCCCGGUGCUAUGGAUAUUACCGGGGUCACCCCCGGGCGCGACCUCAUACCCCCUGCUGCUAUAUAUGAUCUCAUGGUGGAGGCUGUUAAUGCAGAAACCUAUACCUUGACCCUAAAGUGGACAGCACCUGGAGAUGAUUUGAAUCACGGGACAGCCACACGCUAUGAGAUAAGAUUUGGGAGGAGUUUCCAGGAAAUGAGGGAAAGUUUCCAUGACGCAAUGCUGAUAGAUGCUACGGCCCUGGCUGGUCCGCUUGUACCCCACAGACCCGGAGAGCAACAAAUAGUAGACAUUGAUCUGUCUUCCCAUGGGAAUUUAACUACCCUGAUAUUUGCCGUCAAGACCUUUGAUGAUGCCGGAUUACAUUCAGAGUUAUCGAACCUAGUGUCAGUGAGCCUCAAGUCUAAAGCAGACAUUUGGUGAUGACUGCAAGUACGCACCCCACACUAAUGGCGUUGCCUUACAAAUACAUGCAACAUAACUAUUUUGUGAAAAGGUCUAAAGCAACAUAAUUAAUUAUCGUUUACAUGCAGAUUAGUUAUUUGCAUUUUAAGUGCACCACUCCCCGCCACGUUGCAAUUAGCUGCUUACUUGUCAUACAACCCCAUUCAAUAAAUCAUGACCAUUUU